GAUUCCGUUGUUUUGAUGAGAAUAGAUGUGUCUCUAAGGUAGUCGACGAUUUGCAGAAAACUUGACCCGUUUCGGUCAAUUAUUCCGCUCGGUAGCUCGUUAGUUGCUACUCUUCUGAUCAAGUCGCUUAGAAAAAAGCGACUUGAUUUAGCUAAUACGAGCCUCUUUGUGAAAUCAGGUCGAAAGGGAUGCCGCUGCAGACAGACUCCGACGGACGCCAACAGUCUUUGGAUUUAAUCUCAUCGCAUUUAAUCGGGAAGAGCAGCUUUUCUAUAAAUUUAAAAAGCCUCAGAAUAACACAUUCUCGACCGAGUGCUUUUGUAAGAUGCUUAAGCUCGAGUGCGAAUUAAUAGCGCGGCUGUGAAGCGAAGACAGGAGCGUCAAUAAUACAGCGAAGCUAGCCGUUAGCUAACGUUAGCUGGCCAUCAACAAAGCGGGGAUCGUUAAUCUUUUGCGUCACAGAGUAACCAGUUAGGUUAAGAAGACGAGCGUCUGCGGCUUGGUUUUAAAACCUGUUGUUUUCUGCCUGUGCUGAAAAUAUUGCUCGACAGCAAUGAAACUAUUGGAAAGCUCCAGCUUUGAAGCCCUCAGCUCCCGGCUGUGUGUUGAAACAGGAGAGUCUCGCAUCCUUGGCAGGAUGGAGAGCUACUCCUGCAAGAUGGCAGGGGAUGAUAAACAUAUGUUCAAGCAGUUCUGCCAGGAGGGGGAGCCACAUGUCCUGGAGGCCCUCUCUCCCCCUCAGUCCACCAGUGCCACCAGCCCUUCACAGCUGGGGAAGAGCAGUGAAGACGGGGAGAACCCCCUGAGUGACAAGUGUUGCAGGAAGACUCUUUUCUACCUCAUCACCACGCUCAACGAGUCUUUUCGGCCGGACUAUGACUUCAGCGCCGCACGGGCCCAUGAGUUCAGCCGAGAGCCCAGCCUCAACUGGGUGGCUAAUGCAGUAAACAGCAGCCUGUAUUCAGCUGUGGGAGAGGAGUUCAACUCUCUGGGGCCGGAGCUGUGGAACGCCAUCGACCAAGAGAUCAACCUGCAAGGCUGUGACAUAUACAGCUACAACCCUGAUCUGGACUCAGACCCUUUUGGUGAAGAGGGCAGCCUCUGGUCCUUCAACUACUUCUUCUACAACAAGAAACUCAAGAGGAUUGUAUUCUUCACAUGUCGCUCUGUCAGCGUCCUGAGUGGCUAUGGCCGUGACUCUCUUGACAAUGAGCUGGACAUGGAGCUGGAUGACGAGGAGGAGAUGGACGGCUUCACUGAGGACAGGUUCCCCAGAGCCUUGUGCGUGUGAGUUUUCCUGACGGACACACCUCGGCCAAGGAAUAUCUAGGCUUUUCCUCGUCUCCUUCCAUUUUUCACACCAUGUACCCUCUUUUUGUUUUGGGUUUUUGUGGGGGGGGGGGGAGUGUUGCUGCCUCAUCCAAAGCCAUUUUCACGCUUUAGACUUAUGCAUGUUUGAAGCCCUCUCCUCUGCUGGCAGUGAACUGUGUACCGUGAGAUGGUGGACAUUUUUAAAAGGCCCCACGGUAAAUUCAAAGCUCCUUUUUUCUUCAGUGUGGGUUUGACCCCAAGCUCCAAGCCACAACAGCACACUUGUAUACACACACACAUAAUUUUGGCUUCUCUACACCUGCCACAUUUCCAGAGACCCCUUCAUGGACGCUUGAGAAGAAGAAGGUCUUGUGAUGGAUGAGUGGCCAACAAAGACUGCGAAGGAAUUGAGUUUCUUGCAAAUGAUGUCAAAAAAGAGGAGUUCGGAAAACACCAGCAUCAGUGAUAACUGACAGAUUAACACGUGAUGAUAUUCCUACCUGGGAAGGGGCUGGGUCCACGAAAACCCAGUUAAGACUGACUUACUGACCAGCUCGAAACUCAUCAGUUGUUCCAUUAUUUGCUCUUUUUGUGUGUUGCUUUUUAUGUGUGACAGUGACGUUACUGUGAGGACUUUUUCAGCACUGAGUUUGACAUUUAAAAACGCUGCAUUUAUAACUGAAACUUGUAUCAUUGAAACUGCAAACGCUCGUCUCUACUUGAGGCAGUAGGGCACAGCCAAGGAAACGAUUGGCACCUGGGUUGCAGCUUAGAGAACAUAUCAGCUUUUAACAAAUGUCCCCUUGUUUUGUUUCACUCCACUUUUAUCCAGCUUCAUGGUUCAUUUUAUACGUUGUCUAAAUCCAAUAUUUUUUCACUCUUGCCCUAACCUGGUUUAUUCCUGGUUAACUUGUUUCUAAAUGUUUGUCUUGUCAGUGUUUUCUUUGCUCAUUACCUCAGUGCAGAGGCUUCAUUGAAAAGUGAAUGUAUAGUACCAUUUAGAGGAAAGCAUUACAGUGAAAUGGCUGAUACCUUGUACAUUAUUUUUUAGAAAUUGAGAAGCUCCUUUUACUUUCCUUACAAGUGGUUAGGAGUUGUGUCUUUUCUUGACUGCUCUGUGCUUCAUUUGGCCGAUAUAUUGCAGAUGUGAAUAAACUGGUGUUUGAAUCACAC